CGUUUGCAAUGAGCCAGCGAAAUGCCCCCGGGGUGGGGGGGCACUGCCGGCAUCUCCCGCCUGCGGCCCGAGGAGACCCCGAGGCGGCCCCCUGCUUUCCUGCUCUUCUCCGCAGGGAUUUGGCCCGGAAAGACCGGAACGGCGCCUCCGACCCCUUCGUCAGGGUGCGCUACAACGGGAAGACGCAGGAGAGCGCCGAUGGCAAAGUGCACCUGAUCACCCUCCUCGAUGAAACCACCACGGCCGAGUGUCGGCAGGAGGUGGCCAUCAACCUGGUCAAGCUCUUCCUGGGCCAGGGGCUGGUCAAGGAGUUCCUGGAUCUGCUCUUUGAGCUGGAGCUGGCAAAGCCGUGCGAGCCCAACACUCUCUUCCGGAGCAAUUCCCUGGCCUCCAAGUCGAUGGAGUCCUUCCUCAAGGUGGCCGGGAUGCAGUACCUGCACGCUGUCCUCGGGCCCACCAUCAACCGGGUGUUUGAGGAGAAGAAGUACGUGGAGCUGGACCCCAGCAAGGUGGAGAUUAAAGACGUUGGGGGGAAACGGCAAUCUCCCGAGGGCCCCCCAGCCCCCGGCUACCUGGGGGAGCUCCUGGCCGCCAUCGCCAAGUCGGCCCCGGCCUGCCCCGCCAUCGUCCGCGCUGCUUUCCGCCAGCUCUUCCGGCGCGUCAGGGAGCGCUUCCCUGAGCACCAGCACGAGAACGUGAAGUUCAUCGCCGUCACCAGCUUCCUCUGCCUCCGCUUCUUCUCACCAGCCAUCAUGACCCCCAAACUCUUCUACCUCCAGGAGAAACACGCCGACUCCCGCACCAGCCGCACGCUGCUUCUCCUGGCCAAGGCCAUCCAGAUCGUGGGGAACAUGGAGGCGGCAGCAGGCCGGGCCAAGGAGGCCUGGCUGGCCCCACUGCAGCCCGCGCUGCAGCGUGGCGUCACCCGGAUGAAGGACUUCAUCACCGAGCUGGUGGGCAUCGAGGAGAAGGAAGAGCUGGACUUGCAGAACGCCCUCACCCUGCAGACGCUGGUUGUCAAGGAGGGCCCACUCUUCGUCCACAAAACCAGGGGCAAGGGGCCGCUGCUCUCCUCCUCUUCCAAGAAACUGCACUUCUCCCUCACCAGUGAGGCCCUCAGCUUUGCCAAGACCCCCAACUCCAAGAAGAGCAGCUCCAUCGCACUGUCCAACAUCCGGGCAGCUGAGAAGGUGGAGGAGAAGAGCUUCGGCAGCUCCCACGUGAUGCAGAUCGUCUACGUGGACGAGGAAGGGCAGCAGGAGACGGUGUACCUGCAGUGCAAGCUACUGAAAGACCCGCAGGUGUUGUUUGCGGGCUACAAAGUGCCACACCCGCUGGAACACAAAAUCAUCAUCCGCGUUCAGACCACGCCGGAUUACAGUCCCCAGGAAGCUUUCACCAACGCCAUCACAGACUUGAUCAGUGAACUCUCCCUCCUGGAGGAGAGGUUCAGGGUUGCCAUUAAAGACAAACAAGAAGGAAUCGAAUAAAAUUAUCAUGUUUAGAAUGGACUGUACCUCUGGUAUAGAGUGAUAUGGCUAUUUAGUUGAAUGCUUUAUCUGAACCGUCAUUCAUGGCAAAGAUUUUCUACUUGUCCCACUCGUCGUUUAAUUCUUGAAAGUAGUCGCAAUAGUUUGGGGCUUUUUUGGGUCCUAUGCCAAGAGGAUUAAAGUCUUGUUUGAUUUGAUGGAUACUUCAUUAAAAUCACUUUUUACUUUUCUAAUUGGAACCAUAAGGCAAAUACUUGUACUAGGCUGCUGGCAGGGGUAUAUGUUAGCCUAGUGACUGUACUUCCAGUGUGAGAAGUUACUGAGUGAUAGGGGUGGAUGAACUCUCUUAGCACAGCCCCAAUCCUAUAUAUAUAUGUGUGUGUGUAUAUAUGUUUUUCAAAAAGUCUUUGCACUGCCAACUGAACUGGUAUUUUGUUUUAUUAAGUGUCAGUUCUAUAAAACAAAUGCACAAAUUGUGAAAACUUACAGUAAAAGAAACUGGAUGUUUACAAUGA